AUGGACGUGACGAUGGACAUUCCCGUGGAGGGUGCAUCGGCUGGCAAAGUUGAUCGCCUCGAAGCCAGACAGACUUGGUCGAAUUCUGGCAUGCCGCGCUCGAAGACCGGGCCAAUGGCAGGCAUGGAUCAACUGAACUGCGGCCCCAGUCAGAAGAAGGCCAACCAGAAGUCAGGCCAGACUGGGCUGCAGUCCGUGGUGAUGAAGCUGAUGGGUCCAAAGUCAGACAUGAAUUCGACCCAGAGCAGCUUCGGAGCAGCGAGCAGCCUCGGUGAUUUUGUGCCCUCCACGCCGGGUACCGCUGGCUCCACAGAAGAGGUUUCCUUCGCCGUCUGCGCGGAAGAUGGCCAACAUUUUGCACAGGGUCUGAUUUCUGGCUCUAUGGCCGUCGCGUUUCGGGGAAGAUGGCAUGGGUGCAUAGCCGCCUCGGAAGGAAGCACGAAGAACAAGUAA